AUGGAACAAAGGAACGUGACUGAGUUUGUGCUCUUAGGACUCACUCAGAACCUCCAGGGUCAGAAAAUAUUAUUUGCUGUGUUCCUGAUGAUCUACAUGGUGACAAUGGCAGGCAAUCUACUCAUUGUCAUCACUGUGGUGCUCAGCCCAGCCUUGGAUUCUCCAAUGUACACCUUUCUUGGCUACUUAUCAUUUAUGGAUGCUGUUUAUUUUAACACAGUUACUCCACAUAUGAUGAUAGAUUUACUCCAUGUAAGGAAAACCAUUUCUUUCCAAGACUGUAUGACUCAGCUUUUUUUUGAACAUUUCUUUGGUGGUGCAGAAAUUUUGCUUCUUGUUGUCAUGGCCUAUGAUCGCUACGUGGCCAUCUGCAAACCCUUGCAUUAUCUGACCAUCAUGAACCAACGAGUGUGUGUUCUAUUAUUGGUGUUGGCCUGGGCUGGAGGUUUUGUGCAUGCUCUGUCUCAUAUUCUUUUUGUUUAUAACCUUCCAUUUUGUGGUCCCAAUGUCAUCGACCACUUCAUCUGUGACAUGUACCCCUUAUUAAACUUAGCCUGUACAGACACUUAUGUUAUUGGCCUCACAGUGGUGGCUAAUGAUGGGGCAAUUUGUGUGGUCAUCUUUUCACUCUUACUAAUCUCCUAUGUCGUCAUUCUGCACUCCAUGAAGAAGCUGAGUCAGGAAGGCAGGCGCAAGGCCUUAUCCACCUGUGGCUCCCACAUCACAGUGGUCAUCUUCUUCUUUGUUCCUUGCAUUUUUGGCUAUGUGAGGCCACCUUCUACUUUACCCAUUGAUAAAUGCUUGACCGUGUUUAACACUAUUAUCACCCCUAUGUUGAAUCCCCUCAUCUAUACUCUGAGAAAUACAGAUAUGAAAAAUGCUAUGAAAAAGCUUUUGGGUCUGAUA